GGUGAGUGAGAAGGAGGAGGAGGAUCCUCAAUGGGAAGGUGGUGAGAUAUCAUCAGGAAGGUCAGAAGGGGAUGUCUCUCUAGCCUGUGAGAGUCAGGGCAGGCCAGAGAGGCUGCAAGGAAACCACCCAGAGAAGAGAUGGGUUCAAUCCACUCACAGUGGGGAAGGUCACAAAAAUCUCAACAUUAAAAGCCAGCAAGGAGUACAGAUGGCACAGAGAAAACAUGUAUGUAUCGAGUGUGAGAAAAGCUUCUGUAGUAGCUCGUCCCUCCUUAGACACCGGAGAACCCACACAGGAGAGAGACCCUAUAGAUGUCCCGACUGCGGGAAAGGCUUCAUCUCCAACUCAAGCCUCAUUAGCCAUAGGAGAAUGCACACAGGGGAGAGACCCUAUAAAUGCCCUGACUGUGAGAAAGCCUUCAUUGCAAACAAGUCCCUCAAUAAGCAUCGCAAAAUCCACAGCAGGGAGAGAGCCUACCAAUGCCCUGACAGCGUGGAAACCUUCAUCACGAGUGAAUCCCUCCAAAAGCAUCAAAAGAAACACAUGUCAGUGAAACCCCAUCAAAGCCCUGAGUGUGGGAAAAGCUACACUACAAAAGCUCAUUCAGCUCUUGUCGUCCAUCAGAGAACCCACAUGGGACAUGAAGCUCAUGUAUGCCCCAACUGCGGAAGAAGCUUCAGAGACAGCAGGACCCUCAUUAGACAUCAGAGAAUCCAUACGGGAGAGAAACCUUAUAAAUGCUUUGAGUGUGGGAAGUGCUUCCGGGCCAGCUCAACUCUCACUAUCCAUCAGAGACUCCACACAGGAGAGAAACCUUAUAAAUGCCCCGAGUGUGGGAAAAGCUUCAGAUCAAGCACAGGCCUCACGAAACACCAGAGAACACACGCGUGAGAGAAAUUCUCCAUGGGCCCUCAAUCAGGUUGGCCAAAAUGAGUAAUGCAUUUGCUCAAUCCCACAAAUAUGGGCAGGAUACAGUCAAAUAUCUGUCCAGGAGCCAGCCAGCAGCAGCCAACCCCAUGC